GCUUGAGACGGAAACAACAAGAAGCGAGACUAGAGACGAGCUGCACCAAAGCUGAGCUGCGGCGCUGCAGGUAUUUGUUUUGAAACAAGAUCCAGUGCUACUAGUUUGGUUUAUUUUUUAGUAAAUAUACAUUUUUACGCAAAAAGUGCUGAUGUGAAGCACACAGGCUGACCCUCUCCGUCCUCCAUGGAGUCACUCAACGCAUUUGAAUCCGAGAUGGAGCCUGACGGCCAAGGAAAUUAUUCCCUGUUUCCUGCCUUGGACAGCAUAGCAAGUCUUUCUGGGACAGCUGAGACUCUGGAGAGUGAACCACCCAGUGAGAUUGCAGAGAAACCAAACCUCACAUGGCUUGACGCUGCUCAGAUCAUUUUGGAGGAAGCUGGGCGUCCCAUGCACAUAAAGGAGAUUAAACAGAGAAUCAUCGACAAGGGACUUGUUCAGUCAAAUGCAAAAUCCAGCCUGGAAGCCGUCAUGUACCGAGAGACACAAAAAGGCAGCAGGCGUUUCAAGAGGAUUGAAAACAGAAACGGAGUCUUUGCAUUACUGUCCGAUGAGGAGCGGCAGCAGGCCCUGCAGGCCUUCACCGCCCAGGUGUUCAUCGGUGCACAGCCGCCGAGCACCGCCUCCAGCUCUGGUGCCUCGAUGCCCGCCUUCCCAUCCCCUACCAGUUCUUCUGAGCAGAAAGCAAAGUUUAAGAAAGGGCCGCGGAAAAACCAGAAUGAGAAGUACAGGCUCAAGUACUUGAGACUGCGAAAAGCUGCUCGCACCAUGAUAUUUGAGAAUGCAGCCCUCUGCGAUGAAGUUGCUCACAUAGAAGAGAAGUUUCUGAGAGCAAAGGAGGAGCGCAGGUUUUUAUUGAAGACGUUGUUGCAGUACCAGUGCCUGUCAGAGGGAGAGGCUCUGCCGACACCCAGUUCCAGCUCCCUCCCUCCUGCGCCACCUGUGACGUUAACUUCAGGUCCCGCAGGGACUUCAGGCCUGUCUGUGACCCAUAACCUGUUGGCGUCAACGGGAGAUGAAGGACUGAGUAAAAAACCCAAGAAGGAAAGGAAAGAACGAGGGAGGGAUAAUGGGAAGGAAGAAUUUCCAAAAAAGAUGUCUAAGAAGAGGAAGCUGGCGGAUGGGUCACGGAAGCUGGUGCAACCCAUCCCCCUGGACUCGUCUGGUCGUCCCGUGUUCCCCAUCGUACUGGGAGGGUUAACGGUCUACAGUCUAGGAGAGAUCAUCACAGACAGAAUGCUGUUCCACGAUGAAUGUGCCAUCUAUCCUGUGGGUUUCUGCAGCACGCGUGUCUUUGCAAGCAUGAAAAGCCCCGAACAGCAGUGCCUGUACACCUGCCAGAUCAAAGAUGGGGGUGCAGGUCCACAGUUUGAGAUUGUGCCUGAAGAUGACCCUCAGAACGCCAUCGUGGCCUCCUCUGCUCUGAUGUGCCAUUCUAAUUUGCUGAAGGCCAUUGCAUCUAACAGUUCCAAGGCUGUAGCACCAAUCGUGCCAUCAGGAGCGGAUUUCUUCGGCUUUUCUCAUCCAACCAUCCAGAAUCUCAUUCAGAGUUGUCCCGGAGCUCGCAAAUGUAGCAACUACGGAUGGAUUCGUUUUGAGGUGUGUCGUCCUGGCAACGGUCAGCUCCCCCACAGCUUAUCAGAGGAUGACGCCUCGGUCAACUUUGAAGCCUAUCAGAGACACCAGGGGCUCGAUGGGAGCAUCAAGACGGAGCACGUCCCCGGUCAGACACCAUCUUCUCCUGGUUCCUCCCAUCAGCACCACCUGACCUUACCCAUCAUGAAGCCCGCUGUGUCUUAUUUUGGCUCCUAAAGAAACCUGUCUGAGGCACUUGUUUAUGUUUAGGCAACUAAAAUUUACAUCAGCAUUACUGGCCGUGUUCAUGUUACUUUAGGUUUCUUUGAGAAUUAUUCUGCAUGUGUCAGUAACUUAUUUUUUAUGUGUUUAGCUCUGCUGCUCGCCUCAUUUCUUCUUGACCAUAUUUGGGACAUUUCAUAUUUUUGCUGCAUGUGCAGCAAAUGCACUGUUAAAAUGUAUAUUUUGAUUAAGUUACUAUAAAAUUAAAUGUAGUCCUCACUAAUCCGAUUUCUUUUAAAAGUACAUGCGUGGAAAGUUGUACAUUUAAAUGGUGAUGUUUACCUGAAUCUACUGUGUACAGAAUACACACAGUGUGUAAACACACACACCGUGUGUUAUGUCAGACAGGCAGCAGCCGAACGACGAGAUUACUAAGAAUUAGUGAAACUGUAGCAAAAGGUCGGUCUAGCCAUGCUCCUUUUUAUCCCCAGCAGGUCUACCAUUAUCUUGAAUAGUUUUAGGUCCAGCCAAUCACAGCGCUCUAUGUCUGCAGCAAGAUGUUGGGUAGGCUUAGCACCAGAGCCGCGACAGAGAAAACCUACAAACUUGAUGUCGGCUGAGGAAUCACAUUUGUUUGAAAUGGCUUUAGCAUCAACUUUGGACAAUUUAGACUUGGUCUUUGAGACAUGAGCAGAUAGAGGUUCUCAAGUAAUUAAUAAAAAAAAAGAUGCA